AUGGGUCGUUUUUUUGACCCUCGGACAUCUUGGGACAACGACAGUCAACAGAUGGCAACGCCCGAACCCGUCCCUUUCCGCAAUGGCAAGUGCCAUGUGGUCGACAGUCGGAAAAAGAAAGAAAAAAAAAACAUGGUGACUAUUAUUACCUCCGAUGCGGUAUGUGCUGCUGUCCAUCCACCGCCUGUCAUCGCCACGAAAGGGUUAGUUCUCAUCAACUCGGCAACCACCACUCACAGCGGGCCGCAGCAGUACAUUUCCGACCGGCUCAUGGCAACGCCAGCCCACAUACCUCGAUUAAGUUCCGGCAUCUUAGAGACGCAAUGCAAAACGAUCGAGACCGCGCGCAAAAUUCUGGUUGGGCCUACGCCCAUUAAUAACAGCCCCUUGGCCAGAAAUAGGGCUAUUGUCAUCAUGCGUGGCAACUCGGGUGGAGCACCUGUCAACCUAGACUUUUCUGGGCUGGUCCUGUGCUCCUGCCAAAAGGUCAACCAAGACAAGGACAAGAACAAGGUGUCACAAACUGCGAGGCGCUGGAGAUAUAUUAAACGUAGUUGCGUCCAGAUGCCAGCACAAAGUGGGGAAGGUUGGCUUGCAUGCUGCAUAUGCCACAAGUACCAACACAUUAAUCACAAUCAACACCGACUCGACCAAGGCAGGCAAGCAAGAGCCGUUGCUGCACAAAUACACACAUACACACAUACAGAUUCAGAACCAGUACACGACGUAGGAUUCCAGAAAUGGGCCGUAGAACCUGUCAAGAUUGUAUUAUGGAGGAUCUCGGAGCUGGGGAGUCUGGAGCCAAGCACUAGAAUUCUGGGUGGUGGGUGGCACGCAGUAGACAAUUUGGAAUUCUACUGGCGGCGAGCGUGGCACAUGGCUAGUGUACGAUUUGCAAUUCAGUCCAAGUUGACAGUAUCUUUGAGUCUGCCUAUCACGGGGAGGCCCGUACUACAAUAUACAGACAGCGCGGACCUAGAACCAGUUGAACUAGGCGGGGACUUUCGGAAGUGGCAUAUGAUCGACUGAGUUCGAGUCCUACCCAGCUGGUUCUAUGAACGAAGUUGGAGCCAAGCCCCGGCAAUGGCUGGAUCAGAGGUGCGGGUUUGGGUUUGACCUAGCACCACGCACCUACCGACCUAUCACAACGUUUACCCCUAUAAUGAAACGCCAGUACGUACGGUAAGUCAAGUUACCUUCUGCAUACUGCCUGACACACAGGUCCACGGCGUCGUCGGUGUUUGGUCGGUUGGGACUAGCGCUGGUUAAGUUCUAGUUCUAGUGGGACUCAUCACCGGUAAAUUCACUCGCCGAUACAGACGGGCGCAUAUCGAUGUAAAUGGAUAGAUCUUAUGCAGGUAGUUCGCUGAUAAGCAGCUGCAUCAGCGGGAAAGUUGAGGAGUUUCAAAAUCAAACAGCGGUAGC